AUAAACUUUUUUUUUUUUCCCUUUCUCUCCUGAAGCUCCAGUGGAUUUCUUGCAAAAGGACCAAUCCAUUAUUAAAUCGGCCCGCCAUCGUCCCAUUGCGUUUAAUGGCUAGUACCAGUAGUGCUGUUCUUCCCCGUUUCCAAAAAAGCAACAGGGUUAAGCUGCCGGCUGACACGAUUCAUGUUCGCCCGCUGCUAGUGCGUGGAGAGCGAGGGGGGAGGGAGAAAAGAAGUGGCACUCAUAAUCGUCUAUCUGGCCGUUGUAUACGAGGAGCCAUGAGUAAUGAUGGCUGUCGUUUUACCAUUGCUGCGGAUGGAUAUUUUUAUCGCCGACUUGAAACAGGCCUGUCGUAUCUCAAGAUUGGGAUUGGCAUUGGCCAAGAAGGGCUCUCGUACAAUCGGACUGUCCCCACGGGGGAGAGGAGAUUGACGGAGAGAGAGCAAUCGGUCGACUCUACGCCGACGGUCGCGGUGAGCGAAACCGGACCAGCUAGCUUUACCACCGGCGGCAUACUGUAUCUUUCUGCUCGAAGUGGCGUAACAUCGCUAGAUUCCCUCUGCCUCUGAAACAGCUUCCUAGUGGCAUACUUGUAUUAAACAAUCUCUUCUUUACCGGUAGUGGCAGUUCGGAGACUAGAAAUGGGGUGCGGAAACUUUUAGGGCUGUCAACGAUCGCGGCAAUUGGCCGAGAGGUUUGAAGCAAAAGUGCUUUCUCGGGGAUCGACUCUCAGCUCGCCAUGGCGUCGAGGUCUAAGCCGGAGCGG